GACGUUACCAAGCAGACGAAAGUGUCAACAUCAGUCACGCUUGCAUGAAGAGUACGCGUUAAUAUAAUUACUGCUGCAGACACAGGGCACUUUAUUCCGCGUUAAUAUACGUUCUGUUGUAGACAUUGGUAACGACGCCAAACGGGCGCUUAACUCAAAAGGAGCGACACGCGUGCAUUUAAAGAUUAUCUAUUUCCAUUGCGUACAAAUCGAGCUGGUGGUCUGACGGAGUCUGAUGUUUUGUCGUCCGGAAUGCGUGAACUCAUCAUCAGUAAUAGAACAGGACGCGCUGUUUAACAGCCACCAGUACAUUCUUGUUGGAGGAGACGUGGAUUUGGAUUUGUCAAGAGAUACGGUAAAACAUGUUAUUAGAAGAGCAUGUUGAAUUUGCCGGGAUAGCGAUAUCAUUUGUCACGCUUUGAAGGAGUCUGCAUGGAAGUCUAUCAGUGCGAAACGUCUAAAGAAUCCACCAGGACCUGAAUACUUAACUUCCAGGUGUUUGCUGUUUACGAGAUUAAUCAGACUGGGUAUAACAGACCUAAUAGACUUUAACUUGCAAUAAUUAAUUCUCAAAUUGAUUUAACUGGGAUUUGAUUAGGAAAAGGUAUUCAAAAGCGGAGAGUUGGAUCUAAGAUAGCGGGUUGCUAUGCCCUUUCACAGCGAAAAACAAGCACAGCCAUCUUUAAUAGAUAGAGAACAAAGUUUGGUCAUCACAAGGAAACAACAUGAUUGGUUGCCUAAAUUCUCCCAAGUGAAGGCGAGCGAAAGGUUACGAUUUUCGGACUUCAGUGAUACAUUUUGUGGAGGAAUUCAAUACUGGAAUAAGCGAAAAGAAAUAAGCCUGGGUAAACAGAGUAAUAAAGAUACAAACAUGAAGCUGAAAGGAGUUCCCACAGUAACGCAAGAUCCGAAAUGUAUAAAAUGUGGCGGAUUUACAAACGAUCGUUCAAAAAUCAUGUACCACUUGCGUGACAUGCCAGGUGAGGAGAAAUGCGCAUUUGGUCGGGAAUACUGCGAUGUGAUUGGUCCAUGCGCUGACUGUACCUUACUUCAGGCAAGACAUGCCAUCACAUGCAGACAAUCAAUGGAAUUCCCGGAUCUUCAAGUCACUCCAGGGAGUCUUGUAGCUCCUGAACUUGCCAAAUCAAUGCUGGUUUUCUCAGAAACAAAUAUCCAUGGUUACCACGGACGAAGUUUCCAGGAAACAAUGACAGAGUAUGUGGAACCUGGCCAUUCUAUUCUUCAGCUUCCAACGCUAUCACCGGGAACCCUCCGGUACAUGAGGAGAGAGACUGGAAGUAGAAAACAGCGCAGACAAGCGCUUCCAACGCGCGAAAAGACAAUAAAAAAAUACAUCGAAGUCAGACUGCCAAAGAUAUAGGUGACAACUAAUUUACUAUUGCGUCGAUUCUAGAUAGACAGAUCGAUCGGUUACUAUUGCGUCGAUUCUAGAUAGACAGAUCGAUCGGUUACUAUUGCGUCGAUUCUAGAUAGACACAUCGAUUGGUAGAAUUUUUUUUCAUUUUGUAAGUGUGAAUGUGAAUAAGUUACAGCCGAAUUCGUUGUUGCGCGAUCUCGACGAAUCCAAAAUCCUUGUCUCGUUUGGGAAUAGCGCUUAGACAGACACAAGCUUUGGGGGCGGUUUGUCUGGUUUUGAUUGUUUGGUUUGAUUGACUACGCGUUAUUCUCAUACGAAGAAAGGAAUUUUCGAUUAUGGGAGGUUUCUCGUUUUUCAUUAGUUUCUCGUCUCUGCGUUCGGUCACAUCUCAAGCCCCUUACACAUACACCUAUUUUAAAUACGUUUGCACUCGGACAAUCUAUGUAUCAUAACCCGCAGUGCUUCAUGGGUAUCAAUACAUAAGCAAAUAAGGGUAAAUAAAAUACAAAUCCAGGUUUCAAAAGCUGUAGAAUUCUUGUUUACAUUCUUAUGAACAUUCACAUGGAUUUCAUAUACAAGGAUUAAGCCGUUUAUGCGCUGCCCAUGAACCACCGCGGGUUACGACAUAUGGUUCUCAAAUGCAACCUUAUUUAAAAUAUGUGUAUAAACUUAAUCUUCGUCACGUCUCUAUUCAUUUUUUUACGGCCAUCCUCCAACCUCGGCGUCUUCGCAGUGUCCUGGUGACUUAAACCUUUGUUUCUGCUCGUUUGUUCCGAUUUGGCUGGCAUCGUGUUCAAGUGCAUUUCUUCCAAAAACCGUGGAUUUAACUGGUAUUUAUGACAUCUCACGGAGAUUAUAAACACUAACCAGAACGGGGAAAUUAUCUCUACUCGGUUAAAUUCAUUUGGUUUCGACGGUUUGGGAACUCAUCAUUAAUUUUCUUAUAAUUUUAUUGCACGCAGGACAACGGUUUGGGAACUCACCAUUAAUUUUCUUAUAAUUUUAUUGCAUGCAGGGCGAUUCCAGUUGCGAGAAAGAAACUGAUUGUUCAAUA